UUGAUGAAUGAAAGUAUUAUCACUGAAUUCAUCCUCCUGGGGUUUGGAAACCAUUCUGAACUGCAGAUUCUCUUUUUCUUGUUGUUUUUAACUAUCUAUAUGUUGGCCAUGGUUGGAAAUCUCCUUAUUGUCCUGUUGGUUGUGAGUGAUAGGCAACUUCACAUACCCAUGUAUUUCUUCUUGGGGAAUCUGUCCUGUUUAGAGAUCUGCUAUUCCUCAACCAUUGUGCCCAGAAUGCUGGCCAACUUUCUAACAGGAAAUAGAAAUAUUUCUUUCUCUGGAUGCUUUGUGCAAUUAUAUUGCUUUGGCUUUCUCGUGAUUGCAGAGACUUGUGUAUUAUCUGUGAUGUCUUAUGAUCGGUAUUUAGCUAUUUGCAAACCACUGCAAUACCAGCUCCAUAUGGAAAGCAGGAUCUGUAUCUCUUUGGCAGCUGGGUCUUGGAUAAGUGGUUGUUUCUCAGCAUCUGUAGUGGUAAUAUGGAUGGCACAGUUAACUUAUUGUGGCUUCAAUGGAAUUGACCAUUUCUUUUGCGACUUCAUACCUCUGAGUCAGCUGAUCUGUGGUGAUGCUUUGUUGUUUAUGGAGGUUGCUUUCUUGUUCUCUUGUCUCUUCACUCUGCCAUUAUUCAUAUUGACUGUAACAUCUUACAUUUGCAUCAUAUCAGCCAUUCUGAAAAUUCCUUCAUCCUCUGGGAGAAAAAAAGCUUUUUCUACCUGCUCCUCUCAUCUUAUUGUGGUCACCAUUUUCUAUGGGUCCUUAAUGGUUGUUUACCUUCUACCAGAUGACCCCAAAAUGAGAAGCUUAACCAAAGUUUUCUCGGUUUUCUACACCAUCUUUACUCCAAUGGUCAACCCUCUUAUUUAUAGUUUAAGGAACAAAGAAGUGAAAGAGGCCUUGAGAAAAUUUAUCCACAAGUUCAUGUUGCAGCAAAGAAUUUAA